GAACGUUGAAUGAAUAUCAUUGUACAUUUAGACGAUAAGAAGAGUUAAUUAACAUUGUGCGAUAUAAAUAAUUUACUGUUCAGUGUAUGAUCGUUAAUGGUUGGUAACAUUGUUUGUUUACACGAUGGCGUCCGGUGGUGAAAAUACAACUGAAGAAAGAACCGAAGCGUCUACGCCAGCUCAACCCAUCACCAAUGUCGUGUCGGAAGCAGCGCACAAAGUGAUAGCGAUGGACAAAGAUCCUGACCUGUCAAGUGUACCUCCAAAGAAAUCUCGAGUUGAGGUGCAAUCGCUACCGACUAGACAGUAUCUGGAUCAAACGGUGGUUCCCAUUUUGCUGCAGGCUUUAUCUACUUUAGCCAAAGAAAGACCUACCGAUCCUAUUAGCUUUCUAGCAGGUUAUUUAUUGAAGCACAAAAGCCAAUACGACAACGGUGGAUCACCGCCAACUAGUCAGUAAUUUUAUUUUAUAUCAAACAUACUUAUCUUGGAAAAAUAUAUUUGUGGCUGGAAAUUUUUCAACGAUUAGGUUGGUGAAGAUAUCAAUCAAAGUGUAUCUCUGUAAUAUCAAAUUGAAUAAAAAUGGAUUAGCUUUUUAUCUUUUAAA